UGCCGCAAUGUUACUGCAUACCAGUUUCUGAUCACAUUGUAUGGCCGUGUUGGAAAUUUGUUGGAAGUAUAUCGUGUAUGGCGUUCUUUGAGGCUUGCUUUUCCCAGAACGGCAAAUAUAAGCUAUCUUAACAUGAUUCAAGUUUUGGUUAACUUGAAUGACUUACCGGGUGCUGAGAAAUGCUUCAAGGAAUGGGAGUCUGGAUGCCCAACUUAUGACAUACGUGUAGCAAAUGUUCUUAUAGGAGCUUACACUAAACAAGGUUCUUUGGAGAAAGCUGAAGAGCUCAAGGAACGGGCCCGAAGGAGUGGAGCUAAGCCUAAUGCUAAGACAUGGGAGAUUUUCGGGGAUUAUUAUCUGCAAAUUGGCGAUAUCAAAUCAGCAGUUGAUUGUGUUGACAAGGCAAUUUCAACUGGUAGAGGUGAUGGCGGCAAGUGGCUUCCAUCAUCUGCUAUCGUUAGAAAAUUCAUGAGUCAUUUUGAACAAAAUAAAGAUGUCGAUGGUGCAGAACAUUUUACGGAAAUUUUGAAGUAA